AUGGACUCCAACUACAAGCCCCUGGCAGGAAAAUUCGCCCUGGUAACCGGUGGCGGACGGGGCAUCGGCGCUGGAAUAGCAUUGGAACUCGCCAAAAAGGGCGCCUCAGUCGCCGUCAACUAUGCCCACAGCCCCAACUCCGCCGAGAAGCUGGUCAAAGAAAUCGAAUCCUACGGCGUGCGGGCCGUGGCAAUCCAAGCAGACCUUACACAGGUGGAAGAGAUAGACGCGCUCUUCUGCAAAGUCAUCGACGAAUUCCAAUACCUCGACAUCGUCGUCUCCAAUUCCGGCACGGAGAAGUUCGCGCCCCUGACAACCACGACACUGGGCGACUUCAACCAGGUCUUCGACCUCAACACGCGCGCGCAGUUCUUCGUCGCCAAGAACGCACUUCUUCACAUUCGUCCCCGCGGAACGUUGAUCCUGAUGUCAUCCAUCGCCGCGGGGAUUGGGAUCGCCGGCCACGCUUUGUACGCGGGCAGCAAAUCGGCCGUGGAGGGUUUCACCUGGUAA